UCUACUAGUUCGGUCGGAGAACUUCUCAACGGCGGCAGACAGGUUUUCUCCCUGUGACUGAUGAUCUCAGGUCGGAGAAGAAGCAGUGUGGUUUCCAAGGUGGAAUCUGAGGCACGGUGGGUUGUCGACUUGUAGCGGUCUGCUUUGUUUUGGAGUGGUAAGGCUGACUUUGUUCAGUCUGAGAAGGAUCAAUACGAUAAAAGAUUUGUGGAAGCUGCUCUCUUGUGGUCCACAGGCUAAUCUAGUGUUUCAGGUGGCCAUGUCGGUCUCCAUGCUCUUCCAUUUGGUGCCUUCUCUUGUUAAUCACAUGAUCAUCAUCAUCAUCAUCAUCAUCACCAUCAGCUUUUCUAGAAGAAGAAGAAGAAAAAGAAUUGUGUCUCAAUUUGGCCUUUGAAGCAGUCAAAAAAAUUGUUCUUCCUUACUAUCAAAUUGCAGCGUUCUCCGGCCAUUCUUGCACCAAAAUCAGCCGAUUAGAAGGUGGGAUUCUGUCUCCUGAUACAUUGGAUCUGAUCUUUGAAACAGAGCAUAACUCAGAAGCACAAGUGUUUUACUUACCUACAGUUCAUCCGAAGGAUUCAUUUUAAGUCUCCCCACUAUAUAACCUUCCAUGAGGAAAACUCUAGCUGUGGGGGACUUCGGAACAUGGGGUGCUCUAAAAAGAGUUGUGUCUAUAGCUCCCAGGGCACAGCAUCCAUGACCUGCCCAGCCACAAGAAUGGAGCACCCACCACAUAUUGGCGUCACCACAGUGUCAGACUCUUAUGAUGCAACCGGUUAGCUAUCAUGCUCCCUGAGCACUACAAGCUACUGUGGAAUGCAAGAAGAGGAGAGGACAACACACCAUUAGGAUCCAUGCGACUCAAUCCCUGUCGAUUCUGUGCAACCCAUAAUGGAUCUCAGGGAACAACGACAAACUUCUCUUUUGCUUUGGUGCUCCCAGCUGCAACUCCACAAACCUCACCACUGUACCAAAAGCUGACACGGCUGGGGCUAAAGCCUCUCUCAUUCCAGUCCCCACGCACAGACUUUCUUAAUAUAUGCGCACAAGCUGUUCAUACUCUGACCACCCAACCCCAUCCCAUCCCUCUAGGUUUCCCAUUUUUGAGAGAUGCCUUGUUUUGUUCUUCUUCAAGCUGGCUCGGCAUGUCGAUUGCAGUUGCUUGCAGAGAACAAGUGAAACUACUCUUUGUAUGUUUCGGAUGUUACGAACAUAGAGGCUUGAGAAUGUAUCUGAAGGGAGGCAUUUCUUCUUCUCUGGGAGAGCUAUGAGAGGUCUGAAAUUGCCAGUGUUUGUUAGUUUAAGGAAGAAGGUAAAGAGGGUCGUAGCUCUCUUUGCAGUACAUUCCCAUUCGACUGAUCUGUCCUUCUUUCCUAAGAGCAUAGUGCAUGUCCCCCACAUUACUUUAUCUAGAGAGAGAGAGAGAGAGAGAGACUCACCGUUUUCAGGAGUGUUGUUAGCCUGUGAAGGAGCUUGCAAUUGUGAUGAUACUUGGGAAUUUUGUGGCUGCUUCCCUUCUUCUUCUUCUUCCUCUUCUUCUUCAUUGUGUGGGCUCACUUCGAGACACGCCUAGAUUGGUCCAAAGCCGCAGGAACGGCCAGCCGCCGAAUCCUCUACAGCUGACACCCGAACUCUCAACCCAGAUCACUGUUCAUGCAUUCCUGCUCUGGGUUUCGGUUGGCUUCCUGAUGCCGGUUGGCAUUAUCAUCAUCAGAGUGUCCCACCGAGUCCACUGCAUCACAAAGCUCAAGGCUCUGUUCUACGCCCAUGUCAUCGUUCAGACCGUGGCGAUUCUGCUUGCAACUGCUGCCGCGGUUCUAUCGGUAAUCAACUUCGAGAACUCCUUCAGCAACACCCAUCAGAGGUUAGGAGCAGCACUGUACGCACUCAUUUGGAUUCAACCAGUGGUUGCCUUUCUCAGGCCUCACAGGGGAACGAAGCUUAGGGGGGUGUGGUACCUGCUGCACUGGUUGCUCGGGACUGGAGUCUGCGUGCUGGGCGUCGCCAACGUCUACAUCGGUCUGCACACGUACCGAGAGAGAAGCUCGAGAAGUGUGAGCCUGUGGGCGUCUCUACUCACGGCGGCGGUGUCGAUCGUUGCCGUCGUCUAUCUCUUGCAAGACAAAUGGGAGUAUCUGAUGAAGCAAGCAAGGGUGGGAGAUGAGCAGGUCACACCAUCUCCUCUCGGUGGCAGCCACAAGGAGUCAGAAAUGAAUCAAUUAUGGAUGCCAUGCUUCUUUUACAAGCAGAAGUGAGAGAUACCAAAAGCAGGAAGGUGAAUUAGUAGUGGAAUUACAGCUGCAAAGACGAUAGUAGGACAAAGGCAUCAGAGUAUCAUAUAACAACAUCAGG